GAGAGAGAGUGAUAGUCCACUCUCGUAUUUGACUAACCUAAUUUCUCUCUCUGAAAUUAUUAUAUCACUGCAACUUCUCUGAUUUUUUUUUUUGGUUUUUUCUUUUGAGUUUUCCCUUUUUCUGGAUUACCCAUCUCUCUGAAUCAAAGAAAGUGAAGAACGAUGGAUUUUGUCACAGAGAGGGAGGAUGAAGAGUAGAAGUAAGAGGGCAGAAGAUGAAGGUUGAAGGCGACAGAUGAGGAAGCUUCUCUGUUGAGGAAAAGGGUACGAGUUCCUUUGGGGUUUUUCAGGAACAGGGGAAGAAGAUUAUACAAUUUUGGGAAUUGGGUAAGUUUAAUUUUGUGCAAUUUGAUUACAGUGAAACUAGAGUAGGUAGUAGCCAUGUAAAUAGAAAAUUGUGAGAGAGAUGGGAAGUUGUAGGGUUUUAGAUUUAGUCCUCUGUUUAUGAACCAUGGUUUUUAAGCAACUUAUGAUACAGUUUGCAUUCUGGUUGUUCUUGCUCUUUGAGCCCACAUUUCAACAACAAGACUCACUGAGUUCUUCACCAGCCGACCGAGCUGCGUUGCUCGAACUCAGAUCAUCGUUGGGUUUGAGAAGCAAGGAGUGGCCCAUAAAGGGUGACCCUUGCUCUGGCUGGAAGGGUAUCAAGUGUCAGAAUGGUAGGGUAACUGAGAUCAACAUUGCUGGAUUUAGAAGAACAAGAAUUGGUAAGCAGAACCCUCAAUUUGCUGUUGAGGCCUUGACUAACUUGACCUUUUUGCAGUCCUUUAAUGCUUCAAAUUUCUUGCUUCCGGGUGUCGUUCCUGAGUGGUUCGGGCAGCGUCUCGGCUUGCUGCGAGUGCUUGAUCUGCGGUCUUGUUCCAUAUUUGGUUCUAUUCCAUUGAGUCUGGGGAAUUUGAACAACCUGACUGGUCUUUAUCUGUCUGAUAAUAGACUUACUGGGACACUGCCUUCUAAUUUGGGCAAACUGUUCAGCCUUUCAUUUCUUGAUUUGUCACAUAAUACAUUCACAGGAAUGAUUCCUCCCUCGCUUGAAUCUCUUGGCAAUCUUUCUCUGCUUGACCUUUCAUCUAAUUACUUAGCAGGGUCGAUCCCUCCAGGCAUUGGGAGCCUAUUGAAGCUUCGGUAUCUAAAUCUUUCAAAUAACAGUUUGUCUUCUUCAAUACCUGCUCAAUUUGGAGGGCUUGUUAGCUUAGUUGACCUUGACCUUAGUGUCAAUUCUUUGUCUGGACCAUUGCCUACGGAUUUAAGAAAAUUAACGAGCUUGCGAAGCAUGGUAUUCAGGAGAAAUUUUCUUGUUGGUUCCUUGCCUGACACUUUGUUCCGCACUUUAACACAGUUGCAAUCCUUGGUUCUGAGAAGUAAUAACUUUUCUGGCUCGAUCCCUGAUGUGUUCUGGUCAAUGCCCAGAUUGAAGCUUGUUGAUGUUUCCGGGAAUAGUUUAACGGGAAUGCUGCCUAAUUCUAGCUCAAGUUUGAAUAUUACUGGUGCUGUACUUAAUGCAUCUCAGAAUAUGUUUUAUGGGAGCCUUACACCCAUAUUGACAAGAUUUAGUGCCAUUGAUCUGUCGGGAAACUACUUUGAAGGCAGAAUUCCUGAAUAUCUACUCGCCAACCUAUCUUUCGUGAGUAACUGCCUCCAAAAUGUGGCUAACCAGAGGACACUGGCUGUAUGUACAUCUUUCUAUUCUGCAAGGGGCCUCACUUUCGAUAAUUUCGGCUUGCCCAAGGCGACAGGCCCAACACAACCUCCGCCAGCAGAAGAAUCCAAGAAGAGCAGUAGAAAUGCUAUUAUCUUGGGCAGUGUUAUUGGUGGAAGUGCUCUUAUCUUGCUACUAGUGUUGCUGAUACUUUUCUUCCUGUGGAGGCGGAAGAGAAGCACUACUAAUCAAAGAGGAGGAGGGGGUGUUGUGGGACCAGUUCUCUCUGGGGAUGCCGAACCACCUCCCGAAUUGUCGAUCAACUUUUCGAGUUUAGGAGAAGCAUUCAAGUUCCAGCAGUUGCUUCAAGCAACUAACGAUUUUAGCAAUUUGAACCUUAUCAAACGUGGCCAUUCGGGGGAUCUUUUCCAUGGUGUAUUGCGAAACGGGAUCCGUGUUGUUAUCAAACGGGUCAAUCUGCGUACAAUUAAAAAUGAUGCUCACUUGGUGGAAUUAGAAUUCUUUAGUAAGGUUUCACAUGUAAGAUUAGUUCCCCUUGUUGGCCACUGCUUGGAGAAUGAAGACGAGAAGUUCCUGGUGUACAAAUAUCUGCCAAAUGGUGACUUGUCAUCUUCCUUGUUCAAGGAAGUUAAGGCAGAUGAUGACAGUUUGCAGUCACUGGAUUGGAUUACAAGACUAAAAAUUGCAUUAGGAGCUGCUGAGGGCCUUUCUUUCCUGCAUCAUGAUUGUACUCCACCCCUUGUGCACAGAGAUGUUCAAGCAAGUAGCAUACUUCUUGAUGAUAAAUUUGAAGUGCGGCUCGGAAGCUUGAGCGACGUGUGUGCCCAAGAAGGGGAUGGCCAACCGAGCAGACUUACCAAGUUGCUGAGGUUGCCACAGUCAUCUGAUCAAGGCUCUUCAGGUUUGCAGACAGCAGUAUGUACCUAUGAUGUUUACUGCUUUGGCAAGGUGUUGCUUGARCUGGUGACAGGAAAGCUCGGGAUUAGUGCCUCGGCCGACGCCCAAAUCAGAGAAUGGUUAGAUCAGACCUUACCGUGCAUCAGCAUAAACAACAAGGAACUCAUGAUGAAGAUACUGGAUCCAUCCUUGAUUGUGGACGAGGAUCUAUUGGAAGAAGUGUGGGCUGUGGCUGUUGUCGCCAAGUCCUGCCUCAAUCCGAAACCUUCAAGGCGGCCCUUAAUGAAAUACAUCCACAAGGCUUUGGAAAACCCAUUGAAGGUAGUUAGGGAAGAGAAUUCAGGCUCAGGACGGUUUAGAUCGACUUCCAUCGGCAGUUCUUGGAAUGCUGCUUUGUUCGGYAGCUGGCGUCAAAGCCUGUCUGAUCUAACAGUGCUUCCAUCGGCCUCCUUAUCAAAAGCAGGCGGGAGCAGUUUCAAAAGAUCAGGAACAAUGGGUUCACAAGGAAGCGGUCAGAACGGCGGUGGUGAACAUUCGUCGUCUCGUCGACAGCAUUCGAAGGAGAUAUUCCCGGAACCGUCGGACGUGCAAGACAUUGAAAGAUUGGAGAAUGAGUAGGCAGAAAGACAUUGAUUUGGUGUUGAUUCUUUGUUAAUAACACAGCACAGUUUCAGAUUGAGCCCAUUUUAGCUUGGUUUUGCAGCAAAUGGUGACACAAUCUCUGCCUUGUUCUACUGUUUUAUUGGAGAGAGAGAGAUAGAGAGAGUUCUGUUUUUUAUAAGAACAAGCUGCAUUUUUUCUGUAAUUGAUCAUUUGUUUGUUGUAGCUUUUGGAAUGUAAAUUGUAACUUGUUUUCUUUUUGAGGCCAAUUCUCUUUUGUUGGGAAAGGAAAGUUCAGUCUAUAAACAAAUCAUACUUUUGUUUUGCCCUUGGAA